CCCCCCACCAGUUCUAUGGCCACGACCCUUCACAACACCUCCCAGUACCCUCCUCUACCAGACUGGGAGGCUCCCAGCUUCACCCGGGCUGCUCAGUUCCGAGUUGGAGCCACCUUUGUCCUCUUCUUGUUUGCUGCCUGCAGUAAUCUUGCCCUAUUGGUCAGUGUGUGGCGAGGGCAGCGUUUGGCAUCUCACCUGCGCCCAUUAAUGCUGAGCCUGGCAUCAGCCGACCUGAUGAUGACAUUUGUGGUGAUGCCUCUGGAUGCAGUGUGGAACAUGACAGUGCAGUGGUAUGGUGGUGACGCGCUCUGCAAGCUGCUCUGCUUCCUGAAGCUAUUCGCCAUGCACGCCUCUGCCUUCAUCCUUGUCGUCAUCGGCCUAGAUCGCCAGCAUGCAAUUCUGCACCCACUGGAUGCUCUGAGUGCGCACAGCAGGAACCGACGCAUGUUGCUACUGGCUUGGACCCUCAGCCUUCUGCUUGCAUCACCACAGCUGUUUAUCUUCAGGACCAUCAGGGUGGACUCGGUGGACUUCACUCAAUGUGUGUCUCACGGUAGCUUCAGCCACCGCUGGCAGGAAACUGUUUACAACAUGUUUCACUUCACCACGCUGUAUGUCAUCCCCCUGCUGGUGAUGAGCUGCUGCUACAGCCGCAUCCUGCUGCACAUCCACCAGCAGCACCUGAGAGACAAAGCAGGUGAGUCGCCCCUGCGUCGCAGUGGCACCGACAUCAUCCCAAAGGCUCGGAUGAAGACUCUAAAGAUGACGUUGGUCAUCGUGCUGUCCUUUGUCGUGUGCUGGACGCCAUACUACCUGCUGGGGAUUUGGUACUGGUUCCAGCCCGACAUGCUACGCAUCACACCGGAGUACGUCCACCACGCCCUCUUUGUGUUCGGGAACCUGAACACCUGCUGCGACCCCAUCAUCUACGGCUUCUACACGCCGUCCUUUAGGGCCGACCUCGCCACCUGCUGCCGCUGGGUGAGGAGUGAUACGGACACUUCGCCCCAAUACAUAGACCGACUGUCCACCAGAGGGGGUCCUCACAGCAGGGAGCACGAGCCGCAGCCCUCCACCAACAUCCAGACUGCAGCAGACCAGCCAGUCAAAGCACGGGACUUUAGCAUGUGACUUAUGCUUUGUGUCAGGUGAUUUUUAUUUGCAGGCGCCUGAGCAGAGUUGUUGCCACAGAAUCAGAAAAACGUGGUCAUUUUGUCUGCAUGUUGGUUUUAUCAGUUUAGAUCACAUGGUGUCACGCCCUCCACAGAUAAUGCUCAGAGUGAAGGCACUGACCUCUGACCCUUGUGUCAAGCCUUAAAGAGAGGUGACUGCAGUCAAAC